AUGGCCGACGCCACGCCCGACGCUCCUGCCCCACCACGAGCGCCUCGACGCCUCGACGACCGCGCGCCGCCGGCUCUGCGGCUGUUGCUGCGCCUCUUCUCGUCGCUCGAGUUCGGCCUCGGCGCGCUGACGCUGUACCAGCACACGCCCGACUUUGCCGCCGUGCAACGCGCCGUCGAGAGCUCGAGCCACAUCCGAUUCACACGGGCGCACCUGCAGCAGAUGCUGUCCCUGUUGCCGGGCGCCUACGACCUCAAGUGGAAGCGCAACACGGGAGACGACCAGCGACGAGAGCUGCGGCCCGUAGUGCUCACGCUCCGGAAGCAGCGACUGCCUCCGCCCCAUGCGGACUGCGAGGGCCUCGCGGCUCGAAUCGCUCUGUUUGUCGACAGGGCCAAUGCCUUUGUCGACGAACGAGUGAGUGCUAUCCAGAAGGAGUUUCCAGCCAUGACGAACGAGGAGGUGCGGCACGCGCUGACAGCUGCAGAGAUCGAGCGAGCGCCGCUGCCUGACCUGCCGACAGAGGCGGUACAUGAAGAGCUCUCCGGUCGCACACAAGUCGCUCUGCACGGCGACAAGAAGGAGCAGUUGAACGGCGCGACAUGCAGUGAGAGCGACGCAAAGUUGGCGCACGAGCUGGCAAAGCCCGUGCCGCAGGACUUGCAGUCACUGCCGCAGUGGCUCGUUGACAAGGUCCGGGAGAAGGAGAUGGGCCGCAAAGCUGGAGUCGAACAAGAGGCCAAGUCGUUGCAGAAGCGGCUCUUGGUGACGCUGCCGCAGCUCAGCGACCAGUUGCAGUCGCUCGUGAUGGUCACGAGGAAGUCUAGCUUUGCCAAGCAGUUUGUGCUGCGCAGACUAGCGGCCCGAGCUCCGAUCAAAGGCAGAGUCGAGGACCAGCUGUACCUGCUGGAGUCACUAGUACCAGAAUGGCUCACAGUGGUGCUAGUUGACGGUAACGAGUACAUCAAAAUCUCGACCAGCUGCAAGUACAACACCAUAAAGGCGUCGCUCCGUCGCGCCAUCUCCAUUCAAGUCUAA